AUGGAUCCGUCCUUGGAAACCCAAGAAACCCAUAACGCCGCAGAAAAAAUGGACAAUCGCGAGGACGAUAAUGUUCCGAGAGAAGAUUUUGGGUUAAUGCUUCAUGGAUGCGAGCAUUAUAGGAGACGGUGCAAAAUCAGAGCCCCUUGUUGUGAUAAGGUCUUCACUUGUCGUCACUGUCACAACGAAGCCACUAGUGCUUUGAGCAAUCCGAAAGAAAGGCACGAAAUCGUCCGGCAGGAUGUAAAGCGAGUUGUUUGUGCAGUGUGUGAUACUGAACAGGAGGUUGCUAGGAUUUGUUCGAAUUGUGGCAUCAAGUUCGGAGAAUACUUUUGUGAUAUAUGCAAAUUUUACGAUGAUGAUAUCGCUAAAAGGCAGUUUCAUUGUAAUGAAUGUGGAAUUUGUAGAGUUGGCGGACGAGAAAACUACUUUCACUGCCCAAAGUGUGGAUCUUGCUAUUCAGAAGGUCUGCGUAAUAACCAUUUGUGUGUUGAGGACUCGAUGAAGAACCAUUGUCCCAUCUGUUAUGAGUUUCUGUUUGACUCGACUAAACAAACAACGAUUUUGAAGUGUGGGCAUACGAUGCAUGUGGAGUGUUAUGAAGAGAUGUUCAGCCAAAACCAAUAUCGUUGUCCAAUCUGCUCCAAGUCAGUCUUGAAUAUGUCUAGAACCUGGGAAAGAUUAGACCAGGAGGUCCAAGCUACUCCAAUGCCUCAGGAAUAUCGUUAUGAAGUUCAAAUACUUUGCAAUGACUGCAACAAUAGAAGCACGGCAUUUUUCCACAUUUUCGGCCACAAAUGUGGGAACUGUAAUUCGUACAACACUCGUGUGAUCACAAAUGGGGAUAAUCAGCAAAGAUAG